AUGGCCGCCGCACCGCCGCUAUCCGCCGACGUACUCUCCUUCCUUCCCUCCGCCACCGCCCCCGCCGCGGCCGCGGCCGCGCCGACGCCGGUCGUAGCCGCGGCGUGGGGCGCGGCGAGGGCGGGUGCUGUGAGGGGUAAGGCGGCGCUAAGGACGACGAGAGGAGGGAGGGGCGGGGUGCUGGCUCCGGUGGUCGGGGGGAGACCCCGCCGGACGCCGCUUUCCGUGCGCUGCAACGCCACCAGCCGGGACGGCAGGAUUACACAACAAGAGUUCACUGAGAUGGCGUGGCAAUCAAUUGUCUCAUCCCCUGAGGUGGCAAAGGAGAGUAAACACCAGAUUGUGGAGACCGAACAUCUCAUGAAAUCCCUGCUGGAGCAACGGAAUGGCCUUGCCCGCCGCAUCUUUUCUAAGGCGGGAGUUGAUAAUACAAGGCUUCUCGAUGCCACGGAGAAGUUCAUCCAGAGGCAGCCUAAGGUAUUAGGUGAAGAACCUGGAUCCAUGUUGGGGCGUGACUUGGAAGCUCUCAUACAAAGAGCAAGGGACUUUAAGAAAGAGUACGGCGAUUCAUAUGUCUCAGUUGAACAUCUAGUCCUUGGCUUUGCCGAAGAUAAGCGGUUUGGGAAACAGCUGUUCAAGGAUUUUCAGGUUACUGUGAAGACCUUGAAAUCAGCCAUUGAAUCUAUCAGAGGGAAGCAAAAUGUAAUUGAUCAAGAUCCUGAGGGCAAGUACGAAGCUUUGGAGAAGUAUGGAAAGGAUCUGACAGCUAUGGCACGUCGAGGGAAGCUUGAUCCAGUUAUUGGAAGAGAUGAUGAGAUUCGAAGAUGUAUACAGAUUUUAUCACGAAGAACAAAGAACAAUCCAGUUCUGAUUGGUGAACCUGGUGUAGGAAAAACGGCUAUAGCUGAAGGGCUAGCUCAGAGGAUUGUUCAAGGAGAUGUCCCACAAGCUCUGACAAACCGUCGACUAAUCGCACUUGAUAUGGGUGCAUUGAUUGCUGGUGCAAAAUAUCGUGGAGAGUUUGAGGAUAGACUCAAGGCUGUUCUCAAAGAAGUUACGGAUUCUGAUGGGCAGACCAUUCUUUUCAUUGAUGAGAUUCACACAGUUGUUGGAGCAGGUGCCACUAAUGGUGCAAUGGAUGCUGGUAAUCUUCUCAAACCAAUGCUUGGGAGAGGAGAGCUACGGUGUAUUGGUGCAACAACCCUUGAUGAAUACCGCAAAUAUAUUGAGAAAGAUCCAGCACUAGAGCGGCGCUUCCAACAAGUUUAUGUUGAUCAGCCUUCAGUUGAAGAUACAAUUUCAAUACUCCGAGGACUAAGAGAGAGAUAUGAAUUGCACCAUGGUGUACGAAUAUCUGACAGUGCCCUUGUGGCUGCAGCUGUUCUUUCAGACCGUUAUAUCAGUGGACGAUUCUUGCCUGACAAAGCAAUUGAUCUGGUUGAUGAAUCAGCUGCCAAGUUAAAAAUGGAGAUAACGUCAAAACCUACUGCUCUGGAUGAGAUUGAUCGUGCUGUCCUGAAGCUUGAAAUGGAGCGUCUCUCACUUACAAAUGAUACAGACAAAGCAUCAAAGGACAGAUUAUCCCGUCUUGAAGCAGAAUUAUCACUCUUGAAGGAUAAACAACGCCAAUUGACUGAGCAGUGGGAGCAUGAGAAAUCAGUGAUGACUAAAAUUCAAUCUAUCAAAGAAGAGAUUGACAGGCUAAAUGUGGAGAUACAGCAGGCAGAACGUGAGUACGAUCUUAAUCGCGCUGCUGAACUGAAAUAUGGCAGUCUGAAUGCCUUGCAGCGCCAGCUUCAGAUGACAGAGAAGGAGCUUGAUGAAUAUCAGAGUUCUGGGAAAUCCAUGCUAAGGGAAGAGGUGACCCAAGAUGAUAUUGCAGAAAUAGUGAGCAGGUGGACGGGCAUUCCAGUUUCCAAACUAAAGCAAUAUGACAGGGAGAAGUUGCUGUAUCUGGAGGAAGAGCUACACAAGCGAGUUGUCGGUCAGGAUCCUGCUGUAAAAGCAGUUGCAGAGGCUAUUCAGAGAUCCAGAGCUGGAUUAUCUGACCCAAACCGUCCUAUUGCCAGUUUCAUGUUCAUGGGACCUACAGGAGUUGGCAAAACAGAGUUAGCGAAAGCCCUUGCUGCUUUUAUGUUCAACACUGAGGAAGCUGUUGUCAGGAUUGACAUGAGCGAGUACAUGGAGAAGCAUUCAGUCUCAAGAUUGAUUGGUGCUCCACCAGGUUAUGUUGGGUAUGAAGAGGGCGGUCAACUAACAGAGGCUGUUCGUCGUAGGCCAUAUUCUGUUGUCUUGUUUGAUGAGAUUGAGAAAGCUCAUUCAGAUGUCUUUAAUGUCUUCCUUCAAAUAUUGGACGAUGGUAGGGUUACUGACUCUCAAGGCCGGAAAGUGAGCUUCACCAACACCAUAAUUAUCAUGACAUCCAACGUUGGGUCACAGUAUAUACUAAACAUGGAUGAAGAAGUUGGAUCAUCUGAUUCAGCCUAUGAGAACAUAAAGAGGAGGGUGAUGGAUGCUGCAAGAUCUGUAUUCCGUCCAGAGUUCAUGAAUCGUGUAGAUGAGUAUAUUGUUUUCAAGCCUCUCUCGAGAGAACAGAUCAACAGCAUUGUCAAAUUACAGCUUGCAAGAGUACAGAAGAGGAUCGCAGACCGCAAAAUCAAGCUCGAAUUCUCACCUGGUGCCAUUGAAUUCUUGGGAAGCCUGGGGUAUGACCCGAACUAUGGUGCAAGGCCGGUGAAGAGAGUGAUUCAACAGUAUGUGGAGAACGAACUCGCAAAGGGCAUCCUCAGAGGGGAUUUCAAGGACGAGGACAGCAUCUUUGUGGACACGCAGGUUACGGUGCCCUCCAAUGGCCAGCUUCCGCAGCAGAAGCUAGUUUUCCGGAAAGUGGGUGAGCAAUCGAAGUCCGCUGCUGAAGGCGAGAAGUUCUUGCCGGCUGUCUGA